CAACUCACUUCCCGUAAUACUUUAUGUCAGCCCGUUUGCAGAAGUAUCUGUAUUUCUUUAGUGUAUUUGAGGAGAGAAUUGUACACCUUGUCUUUGUAUUCGUAUUUGGUCACAUGCCCUUAUAAUUAGAUUAUUUUUUCUCUCUUUUCCAUUUACUUCUCUCUGUCUUCUUUCUCGGUCUUCUCUCCCUGUCUUGCCUCUAUGGUCAUUCGCACGUACUCUGAAUGAGAAAGUAGGCUCGCUACCUCCCUUCCAUUUCCUCUAUCAUCGUGUUUUGCGGGCGCUGCGAGGUGAAGAUUUGUUUCUGGGCUUGCUGUGUCGAGAAUUCAAGCAUUGUAGGCGAGUAAUAGUGAGGAUAUUUUUUUUUUUUUAAUUUUAUAAAUUUAAUAGUUUUCCCCAAACUUAUAAUUCUAUGAAACAAUUUUAGUACUUUGUCAAAGUUAAUUUCAAUGUAGUUGUUUAACCUUAAAGUUAGGGUUUUUAAAAUCUGCAUGUUUUGGGUUUAAUCCGGAACUAGUAUUAGGGAUUAAGAAUUACAUACAUUUUGUUGAUUUUAAGCACCCCAAUUACAAUUGUGAGAAGAUUUGUUGUUGUUGUUGUUAGGGUUUGUAUAAAUGGUUUAGGGGGUUGUAUUAUUAUGCGACAAUUGUAAGAAUUAUGUGUAUUUUGAUCUUUGUAAGGCCAAUUUAUAAAGUUCUCCAAAUUGUGGGUUUUUAAAAUGGCAAAGAAUGACGGGGUUUGUGGUUUUAAAAGAAAGUCCCCUAACUUGUUCCUCGUAUUUUAAUUAUUUUGAUAUAAAUGAGGUUUUGAAUAUCUGAGAAGAAGUAGUGCGUUCCCUUUUUUUAAUUUGAUUGUGCUUUUGAAUCUGUGAGAUGAAGUAGUUUGUUCCCUUAUUUGAGAUUCCUCUUAUUUUGAUUUAAUUGAGGUAUUGAGUCUGUGACAUGAGCUAGUGUGUUCCCUUGUUUUGAUGUAAUUGAGCUUUUGAAUCUUUGAGAUGAUGAUGAGGGAGGUUGUUCCCUUGUUUUGAUUUAAUUGUGUUUUUGAGUCUGUGAUAAGAACUAUUAUGUUCCUUUGUUUUGAUUUAAUUGUGUUUUUGAGUCUGUGAUAAGAACUAUUGUGUUCUCUUGUUAUGGUGCAAAGCUUUGUUUUGGUUGUAGCUUUGUAUUGGUUGUAGCAUUGAAUUGGUUGUAUUGGUUGAGGUAAAAGCAUUUAUCCAUGUUGCUAAGUACAGUUGUGGUCUUCUCCCUAGAUUGUCAGGUUUGUAUUCCUCGCAAAAGGUUAUAAAUAGAAAAUCAUGAGAUCGAAGACAGUUGUGCGAUCGAAGAGCUGGAAACACUUGGUGGAUCCAUCGACUUCUAAGCCCUCUGGUGAAGGGGGAGCUGAAGUGAAGGGGAAGAAAAACUCUAAAAAGAAGCCAAAGCAACCCAAGAACCAUGUGAAUGUGGAUGAUGAAGAAGAUGACGAAUAAAGUGGUUCUAGUAAUAACUAUUCUGAUGGAAAUAGUGAAGAAGAGUCGUGCACUCCCUCUGAGUUCAUGAAGAUGAUGAUGGGGUUCAUGAAGAGUAAGAGUCGGAAGAGGAAAAGGCCAAAGUCGGAAAGGCAAAAGGUGUUGAGCGAAGGGGCAGUGUUGAAGACCCAUCAUGAGAACGUCGGAAAGGCAUGAUGUUGCAGCAGUACCCCAACAUUGUAUGUAGGGUUGAAUCUUUCUGCAAAGUAGUCAAAGUUUUUGAUCUAAGAAGACGCGCGUUAGUGACAGAAAUGGGGUUUGAAGGUCUCCUGGAUCUUGACAUGAAAAAUAUACCGAGCCAAUUUUGCUAUUGGUUGAUGACAAGAGUGGUUCCUGAUGGUACAAUGGUGUUUGGCAACAGUGAGAUCUUACCCUUAGGUCCUGCUCAAGUGAGGUCCGUACUUGGGUUACCAAUGGAUGCUGAAAAAGUCCAUUUAGAUAUUGGUGAGAAUGAUGAGGAGCAGGUGCAGAAGAUGAGAAGGAAUUUUAAUCUGUAUGGUGUAGGUGCAAACAAAGAAACCAUUUCGUUGAAAUUUGCUUCAGAUGCUUUAUGUCCAUUGGAUGAAUCGGGUGAACCAAUUCCCCUUGCAGAUGAAGUUGAAGAAGAGGAUUUCAUGACAACCUUUCUACUUGUAGCCCUUGGUAAAGUGGUUUGUGCAACCACUAAUAAUUCAAACUUCCCAAAGACACUCAUUCCAGCAUUGACAGUGGCUACCGAGGCUAUCAAGUAUGACUGGUGUUCAUUGACUUUUGAAUGGCUAUGUGACACGGCUAACAGAUUUCAAAGGAAGUUCCAAAAAGAUGGUUAUAGGUCUGGUUGUGGGGGCAGUUUGCUGUUCGCUAUGAUUUAUUAUCUUGAUCACUUGCAUCGAGUUCCCUUGAAGUGGGGCGUUUACCCGAGGGUGAAGGUGUGGAACAGUGCUAAGGUGAAGGCAGUUGGUGUUAAUAAGAAGGCGCCACUAUUAGAGGAUAGGGAUCAGGCUUCGGUGGAUGAUGUCAUUGUAUUACCCUGGAAAUUUCCUUCUUUUAAAAUACUCUUUGUACUCUACAUAGAACCCUUUUUAAGAAAUAACCAAAAUAUUACCGCCACCGUGAUAACGACUAAGGCAAAUUUUUCAAAGUCACACAGCGGAAGUCUAAGAAUAAAAACCAACUUUUAAAAAUAAAACUUGAGU